AUGCAGCGGGCCAGCAGCAGCGAGGUCGCCAGCGGCGCACCGCGGUCGGUGCCGGUGGACAUCGAGCACAGGAGGCACAGAAAGGGGCGAAGCAGCGUCCGGACCGCGUCGGGGCGCGACGACUCCGUCCUGCGGUCCUCGGAGGACGUCCAGGACGAACGUGACCGACGAUGGCGGAUCGGCGGGUACGAGCUGUCGCACGUGCUCGGGGAGGGCACCUACGCGACCGUGCGCUACGCGGAGCGAAUUGCCACGGGGGAGCCUGUGGCGGUCAAGGUGGUCAACCGCGAGAAGAUCGCGCGCGCGGGAAUGCAGGAGAACCUGGCGCGCGAGAUAGCGAUUCUGAAGACGCUGAAGCACCCGCACAUCGUCGACCUGAAGUCCGUCAUGGCCACGGAGGCCCGCAUUUACCUCGUGCUGGAGUACUGUUCCAGCGGAGAGCUCUUCCACCGCAUCUCGCGGUCGCACGGGCUGCCGUGCGACGACGCCCGGCGCGUCCUCUGGCAGCUCAUCGACGCCGUCGGCUUCUGCCACUCCCAGGGCGUCUACCAUCGCGACCUGAAACCAGAGAACGUCCUCCUGGGGCGCAACCUCGAGGUCAAGCUCACCGACUUCGGCCUGUCCUCCCUCCCGGACUCCCAGCGCCGCACGCCCCUCCUCACCACCCUCUGCGGCACCCCCAACUACGCCGCCCCCGAAGUCCUGGCGCGGCAGCCCUACCACGGCGCCCCCGCCGACGUCUGGUCCCUCGGCGUCGUCCUCUUCACCGCCGUCGUCGGCCGGCUGCCCUUCGACGAGCCCAACAGCGCCGUCCUGUUCCGGAAAAUCGCCGCCGCGGACUACGUGUGCCCGUCGUGGGUGCCCUCGACGAUCCAGCGGCUGCUGCGGCGGAUGCUCGAGCCGGACCCGGAGCUCCGCGCGACGAUCGAGGAACUGCGGCGGGACCCGUGGCUCUCGGACGCGCACCGCGACCGGCGCAACAACGCGGGGGGGGGUAUGACAUCGCCGCGCGCGGGGGGGUCUCCGCCGGCGUCGGGCCACGAGAGCGGGCGGCAGGCCGGGGCGGGCCCCGGCGCGCUCGAGAUCCUCACCGGCGCGCUCAUGGCGUCGCUGUUCGGAAGCGGCGGGGACCGCCAGGGGGGGUCUAUUGCGUCGGGACCGCUGUCAGUCGCCUCGGAGUCCUCCGGGCUCAACCUCCUGGCGCUCGCGGACGGCGUGGCGCAGCUGCGCGUUGCCACGCCGACGCUCCUGCCCUUCGACAUCAAUCUGAGUGCGGCGGCCCCGCAGCAGGCGCCUGGGGCGGACGGCGUUGCGGUGGAUGAGCCCCCUGCGGGCAGCGAGGCGCACGAGGCCGGGAGCGACGGGGCGUCGAGCGACGCGGCGGGCGUGACCGUCCGGGACGGCUUCGGGGCGGACGCCGAGCGCCCCCCGCGGCUCCCGUCGCCGCCGCAGCACCUCGCCAUGGACUGGUCGUCUCACCUGGGGGAGGUGUGGGGGAAAGCGCCCCCCAAGGAGGGCCAGUCGCCGAGGCCGCCGACGGGCGGGGGCGCACCGAUCGUGCUGCCGCUCGCCAAGCCGCCGCUGCGCCAGCCGCCGUCGGUGCAGGCCCUGAGCGGGGUGGUCGGGGGGCUCACGAUCGCGCUCCCCGCGGUGACGCGGCAGGCGGGGGACGGCCGCAGCGCGCCGCCUGCGAUGCUCGGCCUGCCGGAGCGCCUCGCGUCGCUGCUGCCCCCGGACGUCCUCGCCGAGCUAGUGAGUCAGACGGUGUUGUUUCUACCGCCCGACACCGCCGACGACGGCACGUCGGAGGCCCCGACGCCCGCGGGUGGAUCGUCCCGCCACGGCACGAACAGCCGCGGGCACUCGCUCGUGGCGCGUGCGCGCGCGCCGCCCCACAACAGCCGUGCGGAGCGCCCGCUGCGCAACACCGCUGGCGGCAGCAGCCUGCGGUCGCGGCACCCGCUUGGCUCGUACGCGGGCACGCCGAUCAGCGGCGCGGAGGACAGCCACCCGAACUACCGUGCGAAGGAGUGGUGGCAGUAUUUAGAACACAGCAGUUUGGAACGCAACGGAACGCCGUUGAGCGGACGCGGGACGUCGGGGGCGGGGCUCCAGCACUCCUGGGAGCGGCUCGAGCGGUCCGACCUCGGGCCGGACCGGGGCGGCAGCCGCGGGGCGAGCGCGGUGGAGCGCAGCAGCAGCGGGAACACUAGCGGAGUCGUGCGGGACCUCCCCCGGGGGCGUGUUGCGAGGAGCCACGUCGAGGGCAAGACGCUGAGCGGCAAGACGUCCGACGCCGGCGGCGUCGCGGCGCGGAAACCGCGGCCCCGCGUCGCGGUGUCGGACGCGCAACUUGCGGACCGCGCACGGCGCGGCACCGAUGCGAGGAGCGGGACGCCGGGGCUGCUGUCGCCGGUCGGCGCGGACGCGCACAGCGGUGCGUUCGGGACGCUUGGGUACUAUAUGACGCUGGGGCAGCGGGAGCGGGAGGAGCGGCGGAUGCGCGGGGAGGAGCUGACCCCGGAGGGUUCGAUGACGCCGGUGCGAGGCGGGGGGUGGGCGGGGGACUCGUCGUUCGACUUGGAGCCGGACAGCGGGACGCCGCCGGGGCGGCGGCAGGGGUGGGCGUAUAACUACGAGGGAACGAACACGUGGGAUUGA